AAAAACCAUGUCUUCCUCAUCGUGUGUAGAGAAACUCGUCCCAUCGUCAUGCGUCUGUCCGCUUCCAUGUUCGUGCAGCCGCGCAAACGUCAUUGCUGAUCUACUUGGCGUAUCUCCAAUGUAUCAUCAAGAAGAUACCGCUCGUUGGAACUCGGCCGCUUGCAUCUAUCAAGCUAUGAAUGAUCCUGGAUCAAAAUCACUUCUUCAACAACCAACCGGAGAUCGUAAAGUUAGAAGCGCAUAUCACUCACCGGAACGUGACUCGAAUCAUCGCACUCAUCUUGGUAUAGGAGGAAGUAUGCACAAUCUUACCAGUCUGCCGUUUUCACUGCACAAGGUCUCUUCUAUCAAUCGCUCUUUUGCUGGAACCAAUCCAGGAAGUCGUGGAGAUUCAUCGCUGGAGCUCGAAGCUAUAGCAGCUGUUCACGAGCUAUCAUUUGCCGUGCAAUCAAUCAGUGUGUCUGAAAUGCUUCCUCGUACUCAAGACCUCAUCUUCGUGAACCUUACAACCAUUGAAGAGCAACCAUUCUGCUUGGAACUAACGCAUAAAGGCUGGCGUAUCACCUCACUCCGUCUCGACUGCAUGGUUGGCGACUUCACCCGCCUCGAGCUGUUCACCAAGUACUAUGACUCAUUGUUUUCGCUAAUGGAUACGAUAUCACCCGGUUAUCGUGCACGAUUUGGCGAAAAAUUAGCUCUAAGACUGAAAAUGCUUGAGAACGGUGACGAAUCCGGAGCUGCGCCAUGUGGUAGCUAUGCAUCGCUCCCGUUGAGUCGCGGCUCAUCUCAGUGCUCCUUCGGCUCCUUACCGGAUGUGACACCGACGAAUACUCCUGCAAAGUUCAAUGCCAAAAUUGCGUUGAAGUGCUGACGCUUCUCUGUCUUCUAAUUGAAUUCCUUCCAACGGGUCCUCGGAUUACGAAUCCCCUUGAUUUGUCUAGUCAUAGUGUGACAAGGUUUUGUUUCGUGCAGAGAAACGCGCUCAAAGUGCGUCCCUCCGUAUUAUUUUACGUGUAUUAGUUAUGGUUCUAUAUGCAUCGACAGCGACUUGAUCUAGGCUCGGCUAAACUAGCUUUUUAACUUCAAAUUUGCGAUGAUUCAAGGCACAUUCUGCCGCUUUGGUCUAGGAUUUAAAUGAUUGCGUUCCUAUAGUACGUCUUAGGGCAAGUGUAUCGUUUUGUUCUUUUCUCAAGCUGAAGCGUAGAUUGAGUGUAUGUAACUGCAGAGAUUCUUUAUCUUUUGCAUUCAGCGUAUUUAGCCUUGUUUUGGUGUUGUACUUUUUUUGUUUUUUGUGGCAUCUGUUAAAUGGACAACUUCUAUAUUUAUUUUACGGGUCUAACUAUUUUUUCUUAGCAUAUUUAGAAGUUUGAGUCAUAUCUCAAAUUAGGUUAUGUCUCGUUAGGCCUAUAUAAUAUUGUGGUUGGUAUUGUUUUGUGUGAGCCUUCAUUUAUAGAAUUUAUACAAGAACUUAUAUGCGCGCAUAUCUGAGCAUAAAAGUAUAUUCAUUUUGUUACUGUUCGCGUAGUUAUAUCCAUUUUGUUACUGUUUACGUACUAAGUUGUAGUAUGAUGUCGUCGAAGUUCUCGUUACAAUAAGAUUGAUUUCAGAGACUAUAUCAUUUUGC